AUGAAGGUGAUCAGCUGCUUCACCAUCUUCAUGUUGUCCAUUUCACCUCACACAACUUCUGGAUCACCAUGGAUCACGACCGUCGGGAAACAGAGCAUCUGUACCGGCAUCCUGAGCAGCAUCAUGACAAGAAAUCCCCCGCUUCAAGCCGAACCUGUGGAUGUCGAGAUCCGCGAUACAAGGCAGAGAAAGGGUAUUAAUCGCUCACAAAGUCCAGUUACGUCUUCUCGCAGAGAAAAUGCUAUGAGACGUGAUGUGGAUGGGUUGGUUAAUGCGCCACACCAGUCAUCUCCUGUGUCACAGAUUGAGGACUCCAGUUGGCUCAAGGUGGUCCUGUUCAGGAUUUAUAAUCAGCAAUUGAAGCAUGACUUGCAGCUACCAAUCAAACAAUCAGAAAUCACAAAAACUUUACUCAAACGAAAAAUUUCCCAUCUGCUGAAGAUGGAAAGUUUGGAGGACUACUGCUUCGGCGGUCCACAUGGCUUGAACCAGCCCCCUGACUCUGAGAACGUGUUUGACGCCUGGAACAUGUACAACCUCGCAGAAAUAGACACAGCGGGAAUCCCAUCAUCGUUUCACCUCACUGAUAUGCAUCAAUCAUCCCGGAGCCAGGACGAUGCAGCAACCACCGCUGGCGAUAGCAGGAGUCCGGCAACGUUAAUGGACUUGUUGGAGGUUGAGUUGGACACUGAAAUUUCCUGCCCGUGGGGUGACUCUCAUGGUAACGAUUUAAUCGAUCUCUCACUAUUACAGGCCCAGGUCCCAGUGCAGAGUAACACCCAGGACCACUGUAUUGAUCCACAAUACAUGAUCAUGUGCAGCCCUAGAGAUCUCACCGCAAGUCAGGAUGUUGACGCGUUUGUCCAAAACGACGCUCCCAUGGCGUCGACGACUGAACCGGUGCCACCCACCCCACGGAUCAGUCAGCCGAAAACACCAUCAAACAGGAAAGCAACAGCAGAGUCCGCACAAGGGAAAAAGCAGAGACAAAUGAACAAGGUCCAAAGCUGCCCCACCUGCGGGAAACACUUCAAAGGUCGGCGAGACUAUAACCGACACAUAAAAUAUCACGACCGCCCCUUCGCCUGUCACCUCUGUGAAUCCAAUUACGGCGACCCCAAAGGCCUCAAGCGGCACAUCGUCGCCUGCCACAAGGACUACGCCCACGCGCAGAAGGAGUUCCAGCAGUACGUGGGGCCCUUUCCGUGUGGCGUGGCGGCAUGUAAAAAGGUUUUCACGCGCCUGGACAAUCGGAAGAGGCAUUGGGAGAAUAAGCAUAGCUUGGACAGUCCCAGCCCAGUCGUAUCUGAGAGCAUGAGCACAAAAUAA